AUGGAUGCUCCAAUGAUCCGGCGAAACGCAGCGGCAGCGGUACGGUUGCCAUCGCCGGCUAAGAGGGUCGUCAGGAAAAGAAAGAGGGUGGAUGAGACUAGUGCCAGACCAGAGCUGAGGCAGAACAAACUGGCGCGAAUGGUGGGUGUCUCCAAGCUGCGGGGGCGGGUUUCGAAGUUGGGAGCAGCCGCGCGCCCAGCUGAAGAUCCCAAGCCUGCGGAGCGCUCGGAGUGCAAGACCUUAGAUGAUUACACAGCGGCAGACAGUCUCCGAGACCGACUUUUGAAAGGAAGGUCUCCGGAAGUUUGCUUGAAACUCAUGUCUUUUCAUGUGUUGAUGCCGCUGCCAAGUGCACCAAUCACAGCCCCUGUGCAGCCGGCAAAGGGCCUGUCUGCUAGGUACCUUUCUUCUUGGGUGUUGAUUCUUGAAGCGUUCACACGAAGGGGAGUACUUCAGGCAGAUGUGGCACCGCUGUGUAAACAAACGAGCCAGGCUGGAACAGGGACUCAUUACUACCUUGGCCCCGCUGAAACUGUGAGGCAGUCAGAGCUGACGCAAAUUGGUUUCCACUUUCGGGCUACCGCAGUGCAAUCUAGGCAAGCGUUCUUUGAAGAAGUUCCUCGCGUACGUGGGAACAUUAUUCCAGAGCUCUCAGAAAUGGUGGCGCAAGCAGCGAAAGAGGCGCAAGACACGCUGGACUCUGGACCAAAUUAUUUUUCCAUCACAGAUGCUGACUUGGCCGCAGCUGCGCAGGAAAUUUGUCCCAAGGCCCGCGUCUUGAGGACAGCAAAAGAUGGUCUCAUCCUGAUCUCCCCAUUAUGCCUUGUAUAUCUUCUGCAAGCUUGGUACGAGGAACUCAAUGUCCGACAGGUCCGGCGACGCCUUGCAGAUCUCUACGCUGCGAACCUGCUAGCUAUGAGUGCUAACUUACCUUCACCAGACUUUCUCAUGUGGGGUUUGUCAGCGGUGCCACACCCUUCUGCUUUGAAGGCCAUCCUCUUUAACUUCUUUGAGGGCUUUGUUCGGCGCAGAGGAAUCAGGUUUGAUGGGAACUUUGACUUGCCCCUGCAAGUUUGCCAAUACAAGGACUUAAUAAGGGCCAAAGCCUACGACGUCGUACAAAACCUUGCCACCGAUGUGUACCACAUUAACUUCUGUAUGCUAUUGUACGCUGAAUUGCCAACAUCGUACCCUGAUUGUCAGGACCAAAGGUGGAUAAGGGUGCAUAAGGUCGCAUUUGCAUGGUGUGGUGCUGACGGGUCCUUGCUGAAACCAAUAUCUCUGGCGAAAUCCGAAAGUAUGCCAGAGAUUGAGCGUGACUUCAAGCCGUGGAUCCAAAGGAUGCAGCAAGUGCGCCAAGAGCACGGUCUAUCUGCUGCGGACACUGUCCCAGUCUUUCACUCCACGGAUUCCUAUGGCAAGCACAGGAAGAAGCUGACCCAGUUCUAUGUCAAACACUUCCAAACCCUCCAGAUCACAAGUGCCCAUGCUACUCCGAAGGCGAACGCCGAUGGCACGCGCUUGCUGGGAGAUUUCCAGUCCCCAGUUGCUGCCAUGGUGACUGUGACAGCAGACCCGCAGCACGAUUUGACGGAUGCCUGCGACUACAUGGACUUUAUUUUCGACCACAGAGAUUUGUUGGGCCGCCUCAGCACUGAGCCCUGCCCAUGGGAUCUUCCAACAUUUUCCAGGCCCGACAUGACCUUGACAGACAGUCAGCGGGACCUGCUACGAGCUGCGGUUGAAGGAGGUCUGACAUUGCCGGUGGAAAACAAACAUGAAGAUGUGAAGGGCCUCAGGCGGUUUACGCAACAGCCGUAUGUCCACAAGUCUGAUGAAUGGCUGAGUUUGUUCCAAGCUGAGCCGCCGCGAGGCGUUCUUUGCCGCAUUGCGCGGCGCUUGGAUGUUUCGCUGAGUCCUACCAAUGGCCCCUGGCAGUAUCCGGAGAAACAAGACUUUCGCGAGGAGAUUGCCAGGAUGAGGUCAUGGUACGAACCUGGGCGCAGGAAGUUCCGCCGUGUACAGGAUCUUCGAGACGACAGCGCUGCCCUACUUCCUGGAGCCCCAACAGUGUUCACUGCUAAAGUGAAGAAACAUUACGCGCAGCUGAAAACUCCGCUGAAGGAAGAAGGUCUUUGGAAGUGGGCGCUAGUAGCCCGUGGUUUGCAUAAAGCAGGUGUGCCUGUGGUCAGCGGCACCAUCUCAGUGGAGCAAAAGUGGAGCCACAUCAAGUCCAUGCUCCCGCAAGAAGCACGACGUAUCUCCAUGCAGUGGUUCGACAUGCUCUCCAACUUGUGCUUCCUUCGGUUGAUGUACAGUCAUUAUCAUCAUGGAAGUAUGCCUUCUUGGACGGACAACGACACCUUGCUUUCACGCAAGCUUGACGGCCUUAUUGCUCUGGCCCAAUGUUUGUCGAACAUGGAUGGUGUGUUAGACGAGAUUCCUUCAAAUCUCGCCAGCACGGUGCCGCUUGAGGCCGAGGGUGACGGAGACCUCGCCGCAGACACAGGCACAUCCGCAAGCGCGGUUUUUUGGGAUCCGGAGCUUGUCGAAGAAGCCUUUGGCGUCCAGUUCCCCAGCAAGGUGCGUAUGAGAGUCUUGCACACCAAGUGGGCUCGGGCCAUGGCGCAAGGACUUAAGUGGGUGGAAACGCAAAGGUACCGAUCCAAAAGCCUGAACGCAAUGAAAUUUGCGCAGGCUGGUGAGUGGGUAGUGUUGGGGGACUCCCAGCACAUCAUGGCCAUAGGAGUGUGCGCCGGAAAGGUUGUGCGAGGGUGCAGAGACAUUCUCAGCAGCGGUGUCCUUGACCACCUGGACGAGUCGCUACGAGCGGACCUGGAGAGUUACCUCAAUGUCGCUCAAAGCUUUGACUACAUAACCUUCUCUAGCGUGUGCAACCUGACCGCAGGCGAACCCAUCCCAUGGAAGAGCUUCUGGAGUCUGCAAAGUGCAAGAAACCCGAAGAAUAAGCAAGGUUUCCCGCGUGUUGGAGGACCAGACUUGGCCCCGGCACUAUUUUUGUGGACCCAGCAAUUAGGAGCUGAAUGGAUCACUCCUUAUGGCAACCCCGGUGAAGAGUCUGAGUAA